AUGCUAUGGAUUGUAGUCCUAUUACUGCUGUCAGAUUUAGAGGCAGCUGACAACCGUGACUGCAGUGACGGGCAAGAUGACCCAACCUGCUUCGAGCAUCUUGUCGCCAUGCCACCUGUAGACGCCAACUGCAAUGGACCUCAUGGAUGCCGGCUGCAUUUUCUUCUUCCGGAUGAGCAACCCACUCCUGAAGAACUUAAGGAGGUCCACCAAGAAGGAAACCAAGAGUUCAAACAAACCCUCAAACAGUCUGUAGCUGAAGGCAAUGCCAAACCUCAAAAUCCGAAACCCAAGAGCGUGGGUGAGAGGUUGACUUUGUUGGAAUCAAAUCUCCAGUCGAUGACGUCUCUAUUCCACAAGUUACAGGAGGACAGCAAGAUGAAUCUCAGCAAGAUGGAAGAGCGACUCAACUCGCUGGUGGUGCUUCUCCUGGGGAUCUUGUCUGGAUGUGAACUGCCCUGCAAUGAGUCUGUCCAAAAACUCUCUGCAUUAGAAAGUCGACGACUCCGGACCCUCGAGACAAAGGAGGAAAUGCCGCAUAUGAUGAAGAGUGUUGGAAACACGGUAUCUGCAGUCGAAUCAUCAGAAAAACCCCAGAGACUGUUUCCCCGAGACUGUGCCGAUAUCUACAAACAGGGAAUCCGAGAUAAUGGAAUCUACACCAUUCAGCCCAUUUCAACGAGACAGCCCUUUGAGGCUUACUGUGACAUGGUCACCGAUGGAGGAGGAUGGACGGUUUUCCAGAGGCGACAGGACGGCGCAGUAGACUUCAACCGCACGUGGCAAGAUUACAAACAGGGUUUUGGCAUCCUACAUGCGGAGCACUGGUUGGGUAACGAAAACUUGCACAGUCUCACCAGGCUAGGACAGCACACCUUACGUAUUGAACUUGAAGACUGGUACGGUGUCAAACGCCACGCCGUCUACAAGAAGUUCAAGGUUGCUAGUGAACAAAACAAGUACAGGCUAACGGCCAGGGAAUACCAGGGCAAUGCCGGCAAUGCCCUGAGUUACAGCCGAAACUACAAUCAUGACCACAAAUAUUUCACAACCCACGACAGUGACAAUGACAACUAUCUAUCCGGCAACUGUGGCACGUAUUAUGGCUCUGGCUGGUGGUUUGACACCUGCUUGGCAGCCAAUCUGAAUGGAAAGUAUCACAAAGGGCGAUAUAGCGGGGUGACGAAUGGCAUUUACUGGGGCACCUGGUACAUUCUGACGGACAAGAGGACCAACCAGAAAUAUUCCUUCAAGAAAGUUGAGAUGAAAACACGAAUAUUCAACUCCUAAAAGACUUCCUUGUGAAAAGACUUAACAUGUCUUCUUCUCCUGAGGGCUGUGGUGACUUCAAGGUAUCCCAGCAAGAAAUGCAAAAUUUUGGGAGAGACUGGUUUUACCACAUUUUUCAUAUUUCCACCAUUUUAUCAGCAUAGGACUUCACAUGUAUAAAAUGUUUUUUUUUUUUUCAUGGAUGUUGAAUGGUAGAUCAAUAAAUUAUUAAUGUUUACAGAGGAACAGAUGAAGAGAAGA